AACUGUAACCCAGGUAUGUCAGACGGCCAUUUUGUUCCUGGUUUGACAAACUUAGCAUUGCAGUAUAUGGGAAUUCGGCAAACUUUAACCGCGUAUAUCUUCAAAACCGUGCACUUUUACAACUUUUUCAUAAUAACAUCUUUGAAAGAGAAUUGAACGAGCUUUCCAAUGGUAUGCUACAUGUAUCAAUUGAAAUACAUUUGUUUGUUUUGAAUUUCAGCCAUUUUUCAGCACUUCAUUUUAGGGUUAAAAAUAGUUUGAAAUAGUGUGAAAUUCACAGCAUGUGCUCUAAUUCAUGAUUAUUUUCAUUCUAUGCCAGAAAUUCCGUCAUAAAAACCUUGAAUCGAAAAAUAACAAUUUUUUUUCGUGAGGAACAAAAUGGGAGUUUGACAUACCCGGGUUACAGUGAAACUGAUGAAAAAGGCUAUGUGUGACGUCAUCGUCGUCUCCUUCCCGCAUCCCGCUCCCUUCGCUUUCGUCACUGAAUCACUGAUAAUGUGAACGCCGAACGGAACUCUUAUCAUCAUCAAAAAAAUUUUUACGAGUUUCUAGUCUAGUUUCUGGCCAAAUUUCUUUUGAAAUCAGAAGAAUUUGGGACAAGUGUAAUAAAUUUGCCAAUACUCUUGAACCGAAGAAUGAAUAGGGGAAAGAUCGAAGCAAAUUUCGAACAGUGUUUAAAUGAAAUCUACGCAAUGAAAAAUACUGCUUAGCUAUUUGAUUUUCAAACGUCGAAUGCAAACUAUCUAAUCAGCUCACAAACAGUAUAUUAUCGGGUUCCAAAAUAAGGAGAUCUGCAAAGUAUCGAAGUCUGUAGAUCAAGGUUUGCAAAGGCCAAAGUCGAGCGGUCAAGUAUUAAUAUGCGACAGCAACAACAGCAGCGCCAGCGGGCCCAGGUGGGCCAGGUGAUUGUGCCACAGCAGAUAAGUUUGCCACAGCAGAUGAUAAGGGUGUCACAGCAGAAUGGGAUUAGGAUGAUACAAACAGUGUCUGCCCAGCCUGUGCUUCAACACUCUCAAGUGGCGACGCUAACAAAAUCAUUCGACAAAACAAGUAUGGAUACCAUUGUUCUUACUCAAGAUGAUUGUGGUAAGAGUUUUCAUUUGAAGAAGUUCAAUUUUUCGUGGACUGUUGAUAAUUUCUGGUCUAGCCCUACCCCUAGCGGAGCAGUGCCAGCAAAAGUUGAAUCUCCAUUAUUUUCAUCGGUUGAAGAAGAUUUCAAAUGUCGUGUAGAAUGUAAGACCACUCAGUUAUACUUUAUGCUACCCAAUACAACAACCUUCACAGCCGGUGACAAAUCCCUUAUAAUAAAAUUGCAUAUCAUAUGCAAUAUUGGAAAAUACGAUGGUAUAUUGGGAGAUGUGGAAUUUUCCGUCGUGUCCCCCCAACACUCUACCACAACCGCACCUAUAGUAAAGAAAAAAAAAUUCAACAUCGACAACGCCAACUUAAGUGAGAAAUCAGGACUGUGUACCGUAGAGUUUCGGGAUUUCACAAAAACAGACUUACUAGACAUAGACAAUUGCGUAAUUGAAAAUAAAGUUACAAUUGCAUGUUGUGUCUUUUACGCAACUUUCGCCAACAGAUCACGUUGCUCUUCCGAUUAUCGUCUCUUCGACGACUACGAACGUUUACUCACUGAGGAAUAUUACAGUGACGCAACCAUCAAGAUUAAAGAUAAAGAUUACCCAGUUUACAAAGGUGUUUUAGCUGCCCGAAGUCCUGUUUUUGAUGCUAUGUUCCGAAACGAUAUGCAAGAGAAUGCGACAAAUGUUGUCAAUAUAGCAGACAUCAGUCAGGAAGUUUUUGAAGAUAUGUUACUCUAUAUUUACAGCGGAAAGGUGAAAAAUCUAAAGUUAGCUUACGAAUUAAUACCCGCAGCGGAUAAGUAUGAUUUGAAAGGACUAAAGGAUAUUUGCGGAGCGGAAUUGUGUGAGCAGUUAUCCAAAGAUACUGCCAUAAAGAUUCUAAUACUGGCUCAUACUCAUCACGUGGAUUUUUUAAAGAAGAAAGCUCUCGAAUUUAUAAAAGAAAAUACGCGUUAUUCCGAAGUCAAAAAUUCAGAAAUUUGGAAUGUUUUAAUUUCAUUUCAUGCUGAUUUGAUGGCGGAGAUGCUCGCUGUUCUUCUUGACAGAUAAAGACUUUCAGACUUUUAGUAGGUAAUGCAUUUGUGAUUUUUAAAGAUUUACGUACUUAUCUUAAGAUGCUAUUUUUAAAAGUGAUUUACAUUUUGAUAAUCAUAUAUUUUUUUUUCAAUCAAUUUUCAUUAAUUGUCGACUUCGAUUAUCUUUAUUACAUUAAUUUUUUCCCCAUUUUUUUUAUCAAAAUGAAGUAAAUUGAAGAUUUUCUCGUAUUUUGAGAUUGACUGUUGGUUUUUUAAAAAAAAUUUUUAUAUGCAUUAUUGAUAUUUUUUAAGGUAAUGUUAUUUGUUUUCUUUCAUCCAAUAUUUAGGAUUUAGCGUUCGACUGUGUUUAUUGAAUUAUUAAUUUUUUAAUAAAUCCAAUUUCUUGUGA